AUGUCUACAGAGUCAGAUCGCUCAGAAGCUCGCAAUGGGCAACCUCAAAACCACCUAAAUUCCAAUGAAGAUAUAAGUGGCACCGGAAUAAUAGAAGAAAUAAGCUCAGCUCCACCAACUUAUGAGGAAGCCGUAACAACUCGAGAUUUAGAGGACAAUAUACCGUCUACUUCUUUCUCAUUCUCUCGCUCAGCUGCUGCUAAUUUACAUGCUAUAGAAGAAAUGUUUUCUUCGAAUCAUUCAACUAGUGAACGACAUCCCUUACUUAGCAAUAAAAACAAUGGUCCCUAUAACUUAUUUGGGAGGCCAUAUGGUGGCUCAAUGAAUCAGUCCACUUCGUCUAAUCAAUAUAUGACGUUCCCUUUACCACGCGAAUCAUAUACAAACAAUUACGAAUUUGUUUAUGAAGUAUCACAAGGUGGUGUUGUAUCGUGUGAUCCACAAUUAAGCAGAGACUCUGAUUCAUUAUACAGAUUUUUUAACGAGCAUAAUGACAAACCUGAAAUGGCUAUUAUAAUUUAUG